AUGGCGUGGAUGUCUUCUGGAAGAACCAAUGCAGAACUCAUCGACAAGAUGUCGAGGAAUGGUCUCAUCAAUUCUUCGCAGGUUGCCGAGGCGAUGAGGAAGGUAGAUAGAAAGAAUUACGUUCCUGAUACAGCAUACGCGUAUGAGGAUUCACCACAACGGAUUGGGUUUGGUGCUACUAUAUCUGCUCCGCAUAUGCAUGCACAUGCUUGCGAAAAUCUCUUAUCCUUCUUGCCGGUAGCAGACUCACCACACACUGGAGCUAUCUUAGAUGUAGGUAGUGGAUCAGGAUAUCUCACGGCUGUCCUUCAUCAUUUGGCACCACAUUCUGUCGUCGUUGGAAUCGACCACAUUCAAGGAUUGGUAGAUCAGUCAAUCAUCAAUCUAAAGAAGGAUGGAAUACCUUUAGGACCGGGAGAGGAUGGAAGAGGGGGUGUUAUGAUGAUAUGUGGAGAUGGAAGGAACGGUUCACCGAAAUACGCACCUUUCAGCAUAAUCCAUGUUGGUGCCGCGGCUCCUAUCAUUCCUGAACCUCUAAUCGACCAACUGGCCAAACCGGGUAGGAUGUUCAUACCUGUUGGUGAAGGCACGCAAGAUAUCUGGCAGAUUGAUAAAUCACAAUCAGGGGAAAUUACAAAAACGAAGCUCUUCGGUGUAAGGUACGUACCACUUACCGACGCAAACAAGCAGUGGUCAAGUUGA